GCGGAGAAGGAGUACUGCGAGCAGCACCUCAACGACAAGUACAAGGCGCCCCAGAAGCAGCUGAGCUUCACGGGCCAGGACGCAACGCUGGGCACCAAGGACACAACGAAGCACGAUAAUUACGCGGACCAAGACGGCACGCAGGGCACGCAGGGCACUGCGGCGCACGAGGAACAGAAGAACCCCGCAAACCAGAGAAAAACGCUGGGCCAUAACGACCUCACGGAGCAGCAGUGCACGCCGAUCGCCAAUGACGCCAAUACGCACGAAGAGCAACAGAGCUUCGCAGGGAGGGACGCGGCGAUGAGCAACAAGGACGCGACACACGAGACACAUCACAGCGACGCGGCGGCCCAGGACGAGACGCUCGGCACAGAGGACACCGCGACGCAUGAGGAGCAGCGGAGCAACAUAGACCAGCAGACGACGCCGGACAACAGGGGCGCACCGCUGGGCGACAGGAGCUCCGAGGCGCGCGAGCAGCAGAGCAACGCUGACCAGGACGCGACGCUGGGCUCCAACAGCGCGACCCUAGAGGAGCAGCAGAGCCUCGCAGAGCAGGAGGGGCUGAGCACCAAGGAUUACGCGGCGCACGCGGAGCAGCAGAGCUACGACGACCAGGACACGACGCUGGGCACGGAGGGGCGCGAACAUAACGCGGCAGACGAGAUGCCGCCCGCUGUCCUCGAUUUCAUCUGCGACGAAGCGGCUCGAGGAGGGCUGCGCGGUCACGGCUUCGUGGGCCUCGUGGAUGCACGCCAGACCAGGGGGGAGGCGCCGAGCACCAAGAACCCCGAGGCGCACGAGAAGAUGCACGCCAGGCUCCACGAGUGGAUCGAGGAGGCAGUCACCGAGUGGUCCAGCAUCGGUGUUUUCGAGCGGGACGGCAUAGGAGACAUAGUCGGGAUAGCCGGGCUGGGCGACAACGAGAGCGACGAAGAGGACACUGGCAUAGAGUGGGAGGCAACUGGCUAG